AUGGGCACAAGGUGGGGCGAGAGAUUCUGCAGCGGGUCACUUUGGCGGUUGCCGGAGCUCCAGAGGUUACUUUCCGUAAAUGGGCUGCGCCUCCGGCUCUGCACAUUGAGGCUUGAAUCAACAACUUGCAUAUUUCGGGCAACCGCGCGGCAGCCAUCGAUUGGGAAAAUGUUGCACAAUAGAAUGCAAAAAAUUGUGAGACCACCAUCAGUGAGGUGGACCCAGCGGUUCAUCAGCACACUUGUUUUAGGCGCGCGAUUCGACCACAACAAUAGGGAGAGGUGUUUUUUUAGCAACAAGACCCUUCGCUCUUUACGGGCGGCCCCUCCUCUAUCCGAGGUUUCCGCGGCUGCGAUGGAAGUUUUGCCUUUCCACACGCUGUGCGCUGCGGCGGUUUUUGUGUUCACGACUCUACCAUCAUUAUUUUUUUCUGAGGGCAAUGAGGUGUUUUUUGCCGGCUUUGAAAAGCAGUUUGGUUGGUGGUGGAAAAUCCGCUGGCCUUCCGCCCUCUGCAAUUGUUUCGGGCGAGAGCUGUAA